UGGGUCUGCUCAACAGCGAUGAAACUGUCAAACCACUUUUUCCCUCAUGUUCUCUUUAAGACCACUGUCACCUCAUCCCGUCACCACCUCCUGCUCUGUUUUUUAACCUUUAAACAGACAGCACUAACAUUCGUGUUCACAGUCAGUUUUAUAAAUGCAGCGUGAACAGGCAAGACGAAGGAUUAACCAUCAGUUUACAUCCAUCACCCAACUUAACAGCAGCAUGUUUCUGUUGAAUAUUUGCAUCUAUGCCAGCCUCAUGCUGUCCCUCCCUCAGUAUACGUAUCAGUCAUGCACAGAGGGGACACCCAGACAGUGCUUGGAUGCAGAAUUUGCUCCUGGUACCAAUUUGGCCGGGGAAGGCUUCGACAUCACCAGAAUGGAACGCAAGGGGGCCUUUGUGCUCGACAUGAAUCAGUGGAAACGCAAGGACAAGACGUGCACCCUGUGUAGCAACCCCUAUCUGGAGAACAAAAAGCAAAAGCUCCCCUUGUCAGUGGAGGACUGGAGGCCAAAGCAGUACUGCAGCAUGAAAGUGGCCAGUAAACUCCACCGAUCCAGUGAGUCUCUGGUCAGUUCCAGCUCCUCUUUGGUAGAAAACAACUGGCAGGUCAAUCUAGAUGUUAAUGUGGGUGACAAAGGGGGCUCAGUGAUGCUAGCUGGUACCCAUUCUAAAUUGGCUGAUUACUCCAUGGAAAAAACGAAGAAUGACAAGUUCAGCUUCACAAGCCAAAGCAUGUCCUGUGAGUACUACAGCUACCGAGUGUCCAGCACUCCCAAGUUGCACAGGGAAUUUCGCAAAGCAGUGAAGCAGCUCCCCAAAAUCUACAGCCCUGAAUUCAAGCAACGAUUUUACAAACUGAUUGACAACUUUGGCACCCAUUACAUCAGCAAGGUGAAGUUGGGAGGAAGUGUUCAAUCUGUAACCAGCAUCAGGCAGUGCCAGGCCAGCCUGCAGGGCCUCAGCGUGGAGGAGGUGCAGAUGUGCCUGGAAGCUGAGGCGUCCGCCAGCUUCAAAGCUACAAUAAAAACUGAAUCAAAACACUGCAAGAAGGACGUAGAGAGGACAGACAGUAAGUCAGCCUUCUCCAGCCUCUUCAACGACAGGUUCACAGAAAUAAAGGGGGGUCAUACCACAGAGCCAGACCUUCUCUUCUCCGCUGACAAAAAUCCAUCAGCCUACAAAGAAUGGCUGAACACACUACCACAGAAUCCAGACAUAUUCUCAUAUUCCCUGGAAUCGCUUCACGAGUUACUGCCUACUAACACCCCUGUCCGGAAGAACCUGCGCUCAGCCAUUAGCCAUUACAUCCUGGAGAAAGGACUGUGGAGGAACUGCAGUGAGCGCUGUCAGGCCGGCAUCAAGAGCGACUCAAGGGAUUCCUGCGUCUGCCAAUGCCACAAUGACCCUGCUGUAAACCAAGACUGCUGCCCGACCCGUAAGGGCAUGGCUCGAGUCAUCAUAACUGUACAACGGGCUACUGAUCUUUGGGGAGACCACAUCACAGCCACGGACGGCUACGUGAAGGUCUUUUUCAACAAACAGAUGGUCCAGCGUUCUCCUGUCAAACACAACAACAACAACCCACACUGGGCCAUUAACGUCGACCUGGGCUCUCAGGAUUUGUCAGCAGGAAAUAUAGUGAGAUUUGAAGUGUGGGAUGAGGACAACAACUGGGACGACGACCUGUUGGGACAAUGUGAGCAAGUUCUGUCUGUUGGAGUCAAGGAGGAUCUCUGUAACCUGCAGCACGGCCGGCUCUUCUACAAACUGGAGGUGAAAUGUGCUCCGAGUCUGAGUGGAAAUUCAUGCAUGGACUAUAAACCUUCGCCUAUGAGUCAAAGUCUGAAGAGGCUGUAUGUGUCCCGUCAUGCCCACCCUGUCCCAAAGGCCAUCCUGUUAGAGAUGGGUGUGUUUGUGGACGAAACAAGCUCACAGAGAAACCAGAGUCUUAAUGCAGAGAGUCAAAAGUUUGGUGUGAUAUAACACCCAUGUUUGGCUUUACUGAGGCUUAUAUAGAAACAUCACUCUUUUUAUUAGGUGUAUCGAUGAGGUUAAUUUAAGCAGAACCCUUUACCCAUAACUGAUACUCCUUAUUAAAACUCUACUGAUCACAAACCGUGACAAGUAUGUCUGUUCAGAGAAUUUUUAUGUGUUGUUAAAAUGUGUGAAAUUAUUGGCAUGUUCAGAUUAAUUUAUGAUUUGUGUUUGACAGAAGACUACUGUUAAUGUAGGCUCUCAGAAAUCUACAUGAGCAAAAGAUUCAGAUGACUGAAAUGUAAUGUUAAAAUUCAUUUUUGUUCAAAAUAUGAAUAAAAGCAGAGGCAGACAAGAUACUUUUGUUGUUUUUAUAUACUGUAUCUAUGUAUUUGUAUAAGUAUAGGGCCAAUUAUACUCAGCAAAGCAUAUGCAAUUCAAGUUGUCAAAAUGUUAGUUUGAUCAAUGCAGCUUUUUACAUAUACACUUAUUUAUGCCUUAUUUUUUACAUAUUUUUUUUAAUUUGCAGAUUCAUAAAGAAUAACAUGUUUGCAGAUUUUAUGUAUUGUGCAAUCAUUUUGUAGCAUUUUAUUAUCUAUACAAACAUUUAUAAAAAUCUAAUAGUGUUUUAUGUAUUUUAAUCCUGUAUUAUCUUGUGGAUUUUUGACAUGUUUGUUUAUCAUGAAUAAAAGCAUAUUAUAUGAACUGUU